GUCACUUUCUCAUUCUCGCUGUCCUUCUGUCAGCGUCGGGUUUUACGUGGAGUUGCAAUUGAACCGGAGUAAUUAAGAAAAGUACAAAGAUGACCAAGCGGCCUUUUCAGAUGAUGCAAGCGGCUCGAUGCCCGACGGACGACCUCUCGUUGACCAACUGCGCCAUCAUCAAUGAGAAGGAGCCCCAGUUUGAGCAACACGUUACCGUGCGCAACGUAGCCCACAGGUACGUGUUCACCUUGAAGAAGGACUCCAGCGUGAGCCCCGGGACCAUCGCCUUCAGCCUGCCGCAGAGAAAGUGGGCCGGCCUGUCGAUUGGACAGGAAGUUGAAGUAACAAACUACAAGUUUGACAAGUCCAAACAUUGUAUAAGCAGCAUGACGGUGGAGAUUGACUUCCUGCAGAAGAAGAGUGUGGACAGCAACCCGUACAACUCCGACAACAUGGCCAAAGAGUUCCUCCAGCACUUCAACAACCAGGCCUUCAGCGUACGCCAGCAGUUUGCGUUUAGUUUCUGUGAUAAGUUGUUCAGCUUAUUAAUAAAAGAUAUUGAGGCCAUGGACCCGAGCAUCCUGAUGGGAGAACAAGCCUCUGGCAAGAAACCAAAGAUUCAGAUUGGAUUGUUGCUGGGAAACAGUCAGGUGAUUUUUGAGAAGUCGGAGACGUCCUCCAUGAGUCUGAUUGGGAAAUCCAAGACCAGAGAGUCCCGCCAGUCCAUCAUCAGCCCGGACUGGAACUUUGAGAGGAUGGGCAUCGGCGGCCUCGACAAGGAGUUCUCCGACAUCUUCCGCAGAGCCUUCGCCUCGCGAGUCUUUCCUCCGGACAUCGUAGAGCAGCUGGAUUGCCGACACUAUAAAGGGAUCCUGCUGUUCGGACCCUCCGGCUGCGGUAAAACCCUGAUGGCGCGACAGAUCGGCACGAUGCUGAAGGCCCGCGAGCCGAAGAUCGUCAACGGCCCAGAGAUCCUAAACAAGUACGUCGGGGAGUCCGAGGCCAACGUCAGGAAACUGUUUGCGGACGCGGAGGAGGAGCAGAAGAGGCUCGGUGCGAACAGCGGCCUCCACAUCAUCAUAUUGGACGAAAUCGACGCCAUCUGCAAACAGCGCGGCAGCAUGGCCGGCAGUACGGGGGUCCACGACACCGUGGUCAACCAGCUGCUGUCCAAGAUCGACGGCGUGGAGCAGCUCAACAAUAUCCUGGUCAUAGGUAUGACCAACAGGCCCGACAUGAUCGACGACGCCCUGCUGAGGCCGGGCAGACUGGAGGUGAAGAUGGAGAUCGGUUUACCGGAUGAGAGGGGCCGCAUCCAGAUCCUCCACAUCCACACCGCCAAGAUGCGUCAGUACCAGCUGCUGGCCGCCGACGUGGAACUGAAGGAGCUGGCGGCGGAGACUAAGAACUACAGCGGCGCCGAGCUGGAGGGCCUGGUCAGGGCGGCGCAAUCCACCGCCAUGAACCGACACAUCAAGGCCAGCAGCACGGUGGAGGUGAACAUCGAGACGGCCGAGAAGCUGCAGGUCAGCAGACUCGACUUCCUGGCCUCGCUGAAUAACGACAUCAAACCUGCCUUCGGCACCAACCAGGAGGACUAUGCCAGCUACAUCAUGAACGGGAUAAUCCGGUGGGGCGACCCGGUGUCGGCGGUCCUGCAGGACGGGGAGCUGCUGGUGCAGCAGACGAAAAACAGCGAGCGCACGCCGCUGGUGUCUGUGCUCCUGGAGGGUCCUCCCAACUGUGGGAAAACGGCGCUGGCCGCCAAGAUCUCGGAAGACUCCCAGUUCCCCUUCAUCAAGAUCUGCUCCCCCGACAAGAUGAUCGGACACUCGGAGAUUGCCAAGUGCCAAGCCAUCAAAAAGAUAUUUGAAGAUGCCUACAAGUCCCAGCUGAGCUGCGUGGUCGUCGAUGACAUUGAGCGUUUGUUGGACUUUGUCCCCAUUGGCCCCCGUUUCUCCAACCUGGUGUUACAAGCUCUGCUGGUGCUGCUGAAGAAGCCCCCCCCAAAGGGUCGCAAGCUGCUGAUCAUCGGCACCACGAGUCGUAAAGACGUCCUCCAGGAAAUGGAGAUGUUGAAUGCUUUCAGCACCACCAUCCACAUUCCCAACAUCUCGAGGGGAGAGCAGCUGGUGGAGGCCCUGGAGCUACUUGGCAGUUUCCAGGAGGUGGAGCGGGCCAGCAUAGCGAAGGCCAUGAAGGGCCAGAAUCUGUGGAUCGGGAUAAAGAAGUUGCUCAUGCUGAUUGAAAUGGCCGUGCAGAUGGAUUCUGGCUCCAGAGUUAGUAAGUUCCUGAGUCUCCUGAGGGAUGAGGGAGCACUGGGUUCUGAUAAGUUUAUCUAGACUGAGUGGAGCGACGUUGUAAAAUAAGAGUCAUCCUUCAACGUUAUCUGGCUAAUCCGGCUCUGCGAGAAGCUCGUCCCAGGGUGACAACGAACAACAACAACAACAGCAACAGCAACAGAAAAAAACAGCAACUUCGCAACUCGCAGCCGGAGGUUCGCCUCCUGUCAUCCGCGCCUCGAGAGACGCGCCGAGUGGUUAGCACGCCUAAAAAUAGGUCGACUACACAGGUGCUCUCCUGUGGCGGCACGUCUCCUCCCCCCUCCCCACACCGCCCCUCUCGCCCCAGAAGAGGAUAUGACUUCCCAUCCCCGACGCUCCUCUCGACACUGCAGCGUUUCUGCAGCCGGGCAGAACCUCCUCUUCAGCACUCUGGGAACGUGGAACACACAAACGCACACACACAGACAGGAGCGACGUUCUGUAAUCUUCAUGUGACGCCCCAAGAAUUUCUUUGGGAUGUUAUAUAUAUAUAUAUAUAUAUAUAUUUAUGUAAAAAUAUUUAGAAGUAACGGCUUCUAGACGCUAAUCUCAAUACCGUUGGUUUAAAUCAGACGUAAGUUUCUUCUUCUUCUUAACACAUUAAGUGCUUUAUCUUCUGUGACCGUGUCUUUUGUAUUUUAUGAAUAAAUUAAUGAUAUUGCUACAAAUAACAAGAAGCAUUUUGUGAUGUGAACGAAUGAAGUCACCUCACACCCUCGUGCUGCUCUAAAGAAGUGAUUUCAUGCUACAGGAGAACAGUAAAGACUAAAAUAAAA